AUGUGCUAUAAAGUCGUCGAACGCUACUCCGUCUGCAAAUGCGUCUACUUCCAACACUCCAUCGACCCAUGUUCCGCCUACGGCCAACACGGCCACUCCGUCCAAGAAAAGACCGUUCUAGUCGGGUACACCUGCACGCGACACUCUGCGCGCGGCACUUCGUCUUCGCCCACCGCUGGCCGUGGGCCUGAUUCGGGUUAUUCCAGUUCCAAGGGCUCGUACUGCGGGACUGAAGCUUUUGCCUACGGCAGGACUGACUAUGCGUACGAUCAUGAUGUGACCUAUGAGUACGAGUAUGAUUGCCAUGAAAGGGCGAUGAUCCGAACCGAACCGAACCGAAAUAAGCCGAGCGAGUGA